AUGGGCAGCGACUUAGCCACGGCUGCUCCACAUCGGCCCAGCCCUUCGUCCACGACCAAACGAACCAAGACCUCAAGCACUGGCUUUCUCGAGAGUCGAAUCUCCAGCUUCAGCCUUAAUCGUCGCCGACCCGGAGAUGAGUCGAGCGAAGAUAUACGGGGCCACUUCGGUCUCAACCUCCUUCAUGAACCUUCCGAGCCUCUGAUCGAUUUCAUAUUUGUCCACGGUCUGCGUGGUGGAAGCCGCAAGACAUGGAGCAAGACAGACAAUAUCGGCCACUACUGGCCAAAGGAAUGGCUGCCUGUCGACCCCAAAUUUAAGAACGUACGCAUACAUAGCUUUGGAUACAACUCAGACUGGGGGGAGAGAACCGGUAGUGUCCUCACGAUUCAUGAUUUUGGACAGGCUCUGCUCGGAGACAUUAUGGGCGGCGUGGUCAUUAAGAAGGCGUUCCUCCUUGCCAAACAGGACCCGCAGUACCAGCUCCUAGCUAGCCGGUUUCACAGCAUGUUCUUUCUGGCGACGCCGCAUCGUGGCGCUGAUAGCGCACAGCUUCUCAGCACCUUGAUCAAGCUUUCUUUCGCUCAUAGCGGUAAAGCGUACGUCGCCGAUUUGAUGCCGAGUUCGGGUGCCGUCCAAAUCAUCAACGAUGAGUUUCGGCACGCUUACCAAGGAGUGCAUCUAUGGUCUUUCUUUGAGACGCUCUCUACAAGUCUCGGCCUAAUUGUAGAAAAGGAGUCCGCAAUCAUUGGCUUGCCUGGGGAGCGCAUCCAGUUACUAAAUGCUGACCACCGCCAUGUCUGCAAAUUCGACGAUCCGUCCGAUAACAACUACCGAACCUUGCGAAAUGCCUUUGCCUCCACCAUUGAGGGCAUUGAGAACACCCAUCUUCCCGUCAGGAAAGAGGAAGAACGAUCGCAUAUGCGAAGCCUUUCCCAGUACCUAGGGGGCGCUGAUAGGCCUGAAGCCGAUUUGGCGACAGUCCUCGAAAAGAAGCUCCCCGGGUCCUGCCUCUGGAUCCAUGAUAGACAAUCGUUCCAAGAUUGGGAGGAUGAUUUUGAUGAUGCUCCAAAAUGUUACUGGCUUCAUGGCGAGCCAGCAACUGGAAAAACCACCAUCGUGGCCCAUACCAUUGAUUACCUGCAACAGCGCCAUAAAGAAUGCUCGUUUUUCUUUUUUAAAUAUGGUGAUGCAACGAGAUCGACGAUUGCGUCAAUGCUGCUCUCGUUAGCCUGGCAGAUGUCAUCUGUGAAUAGCGUCAUUCGGGAGGCGCUUCUGGGAAUGCAUCUAGAAGGGGAAAUGUUUGACAAGGCCGACGAGCGAUCCAUCUGGCAGAAGACGUUCGUGUCCCGCAUUUUCCACACCACGCUGAAACAGACGCAUUACUGGAUUAUUGACGCGCUAGAUGAGUGCACCAACCAAAGUGUGCUGUUCCCCUUGCUCGCUAAGAUCCCCAAAUAA